UUUAUUUAUAGGCCUAUGUGUCACAGGAAUCGAAAUCAGUUUUUGGGCAAUAUAAACUCACUAUUUAGAACGAAAUGUAUGAAGAAAUAGCGGUAGAAAGAAACUGGACUGAAACUGAAACGAAAGCGCUCCUGUACAUCCGAGCGGAUGAGGAAUUUAGCCGGCGGAUCAGCGGGACGGUUCGCGAUUCUCUUAUUUAUGGCGAAAUAUCGAGGCUCCUUCGGGCACAAGGAAUACACAGAACCAAACGCCAGGUAACAACCAAAUUGAAAACGCUUAAGCAGAAAUUUCUGAAAAUCUACGACCAUCACAAAAACAGUGGAUACGGAAAAGUUUACUGGAAUUAUUACGAGCUUUGCAAAGCCAUCUGGGGGACCAAGCGCACAACAAACACUUCGGGACUACAUACGAGCGUGAAACUCGAAGAACCUCAAAGUACUUCAAUUGAGGAUGCCAGGUAUGAAAGUAGAUCUACUGACAUCGAAGUAUCGAUCCGUCAAAACGAGGAGACGAAUGGGAUGACUGAAGUAACCGCUCAACCUCCAAGAAAGAAGGCAAAGAAAGGUCUCAUUAGUGGUUUCAUAAGAGAACACAAACCUCUCCACAUCCAGGAACAAAGAGAGUAUCAAGAAUUGCUGCGUAGGGAGGCCAGAGAAGAACAGAAGGAGGAAAAAGAAAGACUGAUGUCACUGUGGAAGGAAAUGAUGGAGUUCCAAGGAAACCUAUUAAGGGAAUUUAUACACCACCCAUCCUUGCCGUCUUCGCAUCCACCUUAUUACAAACAUGGCAACCAAGGAUCCUCUUCUUUUCCUAGCACAAGCUACAUGGCACCAUACCAUUCACCAGGAGCUGAAACUGAACUGGAAAGUGCAAUCUCUCAGGAGGAAGAAGAGGAGGAGAAAUAUGUUAUUCCAACCACGAUUCCACUCGUCUCAGACACUCAGCCUGUGAACUGUGCGAAUGACAGCCAAUCAAAUCUCACAGUGACUCUUUCACCCCCAACUAAACAAUCAGCACAAAAGACCGAUUUGGAGCUGUCGGUGCUGCACAGACAAGAACAAGUAUUGCAGCUACAGGAAGAGUACUAUUCACUGAAGAUACAGCAUCUGAAAGCAAAAAUGGCCAUGGAGCCGACACGGAACGAUAAAGUAUUUUGACCAGUAAAUUGUAUCAGGGUAACUUAAUAUUUUCACAGAUGUCACAAGUUCUAUGUGUGACAUUAUUACCAAAUAAGAUGUAAAGGUAGGGCAUGUGUUUGUUUUUCUUCUUCUGGCAAUUGUUGGUUUUUGGGGUGGCAUUAUUGUUUGCUGUUUUCGUCACCAUGAACCUGACCCUGCUGGAUUUUUUUUUUUAACAAACACUUCUAAUAAUAUUUAUCAGUGCCAUCUUUGUAGAAACAAAAUACUGAAACAACAUUCAGUUUUGGAUUGAGUCCAUUUAUGCAAUGGCCACUUCUCAUAAUCCAAUCAAUAGUUAAAUCUCGUCCAAAACAUUCUUUCUUUCUCUUUGAAUAUUCGGUUUACUCUUGACAAUGUCACAUGAAAGUAAAUGAGUUGGGAAUGCUAUAAGUCACUACAUUCUCUAGAUGUUUCAUUGCCUUUCAAAAACACUUGGACAUUAGCCUUUCAUCCAAAUAAAUUAUUAAAAAAAGCUAAAUCAAAGGAGAUGGUAAUUUUCAACGAAUCAUUUACAGUAAAUUGGAAUAGCUCUAAUAGCUCAAGCUAUAAUAUCAGUUUUUCUACCAGUGUCCUUUUUAGUGCCUCCUGUUUUUUUCCCCCUGCUUCUCUUCUCUUUGUGUCUCCCCCUGCUAUUACUUUUCAGAGGAAGAAAUUGCAUUUACCGGUCCGGCACAUGAAACUGACCUCUCUGUCUUGUGGUCAGUGUUCUUGUUUUAAAACGAUGUAUGAUGCCAGAUUGGCUUUUACUUUCCUUUGCUGUUGUAGUUUCUAAAUAUGUUUGGACAUGUAUGUUUUAUGCGAAAAAAGGAUGCACACUGUUAAAUCAAAUUAGUUGACCUAACUGAGAUUUUUCAAGGCAAUCGGUUUGCAUGCUUUUUUGCGGUUUGCAAGUUAAUGUACUUAUUUGACUCAAGUAAACUAUAUGUCAUUUUUUAAAGUAAUGUUGACUAGUUACAAGUAUACUUAACUCAUCUGUGAUUAAAGUAUUGUUGUUUUGAUUAAAUUAUUUAAAUUGAGUUAUCACAUGUCUUAUACAGUGUAAAGGAAAUUAUGACUGGACUCUAGGUUAGA